CAGGACCUCUGGGGCAGAAGGCAUGACUCCUCCCUGCCUCAACUGUUCUGUCUUUCCUGGAGAGCCGUCCCUAAAUGGUUCCGGGAGCCCCAUGUUCUGCAAUGGCAGUGAGGUCAAUGGACGCUUUGACCCCGAGGACUUGAACCUGACUGAUGAGACCCUGAGGUGGAAGUACUUGGGCCCACAGCAGUCAGAGCUGUUUGUGCCCAUCUGUGUCAUGUACCUGCUGAUCUUUGUGGUGGGCACUGUGGGCAACGGGCUGACCUGCACUGUCAUCCUGCACCACAAGGCCAUGAAAACACCCACCAACUUCUACCUCCUCAGCCUUGCUGUGUCUGACUUGCUGGUGCUUCUGGUGGGCCUGCCUCUGGAGCUGUACGAGAUGCAGCACAAUUACCCAUUCCAGUUGGGGGCCAGUGGCUGCUACUUCCGGACACUGCUCUUUGAGACCGUCUGUCUAGCUUCAGUGCUCAACGUCACAGCCCUGAGUGUGGAGCGCUAUGUGGCCGUGGUGCAUCCACUCCAAGCCAAGUCUGUGAUGACACGGGCCCACGUGCGCCGCAUGUUGGGGGCCAUCUGGGUCCUUGCUCUGCUUUUCUCUCUGCCGAACACCAGCCUACACGGCCUCAAGCAGCUGUACGUGCCCUGUCGGGGUCUGGUGCCUGACUCAGCUGUGUGUACUUUGGUGCGGCCCCGAGUCUUCUACAACUUGGUGAUACAGACCACCACACUGCUCUUCUUCUGCCUGCCCAUGGUUGUCAUCAGUGUGCUAUACCUGCUCAUCGGGCUGCACCUGCACAGGGAAAGGAUGCUGCUCCAAGAGGAGGUCAAAGGCGGGAAAAGUGCAACGGCCCGGAAGACCUGCAGCAGAAGGCCUCGAGAUCGGGGACGGAGACAGGUGACCAAGAUGCUAUGUAAGUGUCAUUGUCGAGGAAGGAAGGAGCCGAGCCUCCUUGGGUCUGGGGAAGGUGUUGAGCUUCUGACUUUUUGA